AUGAAUCUUCGCCAUAUCACUGGCUGGGGGGUUCAGCGCUGCCGGACGGACCGCCCAGUGCGGUUGGUGGUGUACGCGGACACCCAGAAACAACCGGUGUACGUGAGUGAGCCGGUAGAGAUGCCGGACGCCGAGUUUCGGGGGGUGGAUCUGGCCCGAUUGGGUCGGGCGGGUGGAGCAGACCACCUCGCCGUACGCGUAUUUGAGCUCGUUGACGGCCAAUGGUGCCUGCUCCACGAAACCGAGCUUUAUUUGGAAAAUUCAGAGCCUUGGGUGCUCGACAAGGACUUUGGUUCGACCAAGGGCCCCAUUGUAGUGUUUACAGUCAAGCAGCAUUGGAUGUGGGUGCCGGGGCAGAAAAAGCCGUCGAAAAAGCAUCGCAAGGCGAAUGGAUUCACGGCCCCAGAGGCGCUCCGGCCUGUGUCUUCUUUGACCUACGAUAAACUUGUAAAGCUGCACACCCUACAGACGUGUUUGGAAGACUCGUGGCGAUCUGAAUCCGAGCUGAUAGCUGAAAUUGAGAGCCGGCUGCCGUCGUCGACUGUCAAGGACGUCGCGUACGCCGACAAUUUACGCCGAAACAUCAAAUUGACAAAGGCAGCUGUCGAUCAAACUAGCCAAAUAACCGCUCGACUACGGGCAGAGGCAACCCGGUACAUUACAAGCUCAAAGUCGAUUGCAAACCAUCUCAACGACUGGCAAAAGUACUGGCCGGCUCUCGAACCCCAAAAGGAAUCCACAGAAGAGCUGGACAACGAGGAAAAUGCUAUGGUUGUUGAACGUCGACGUCUGAUCAGAGGGCUCAUGGAAAUCUUCCCCAUCGAUCCAAUUGACAGAACAUUCCAUUUUACUAUAUGCGGACUACCUAUGCCAAGUGUGUUUUCUAUUAAUCAUUAUGAUCCAGUCCAAGUCGGCGCCGUGCUCGGCCUCAUAGCCCAGCUCGUCGUGCUUCUCAGCCGGUACCUUGACGUCGCGCUGCCCUACCCAAUUAGACCUUAUGGCUCACAAUCUUAUAUUAUUGAUACCGUAUCGAAAUUGCAAGGCUCGCGGACGUUCCCGUUAUGGACCAAGGGCGCUUUGCUUUACCGCGUCGAAUACGGCCUGUACCUCUUGCACAAAAAUAUUGAGCAACUCAUGUUAUCUCAGAAUCUCGCGGUCGCCGACCUCAAACAGACGCUGGCCAACCUCAAAAAUCUUAUGCUUGUUUGCUCGUAG